CCUACACCUUCUUUUUCACUACACAACACAUCAUGGUUCUUCAAGAUCUGGGACGGCGCAUCAAUGCGGCCGUCAGUGACCUCACGAGGUCAAGUAAUCUCGAUGAAAAGGUUGGUUUUACUAGCAAUUGAAAUACACCGCAUUACUAACACAUUGCAGGCCUUUGACGGUAUGAUCAAGGAGAUCUGUUCGGCGCUCCUCGAAGCCGAUGUCAACGUUCGUCUUGUCGGAAAUCUGCGAAAGUCAAUUAAGUCCUCGGUCAACUUCAAGGAGCUUUCCCCUGCAGUAAACAAAAAGCGACUCAUCCAGAAAGCCGUAUACGAUGAACUGGUCAAGCUGGUAGAUCCUCAUGCCGAACCAUUUAAACCAAAGAAAGGGAAGCCAAAUGUUAUCAUGUUUGUUGGUUUACAGGGAGCUGGAAAAACGACGACAUGUACGAAGUUGGCUAGACAUUAUCAGUCCCGAGGGUUCAAGGCUUGUUUGGUUUGCGCGGAUACCUUCCGUGCUGGUGCUUUCGAUCAAUUGAAACAAAAUGCUACCAAGGCCAAGAUUCCAUAUUAUGGUUCUCUUACUCAAACAGAUCCAGCGGUGGUAGCCAAGGAGGGUGUGGAAAAGUUUAAAAAGGAGAAGUUUGAUAUUAUUAUCGUUGAUACCAGUGGAAGACAUCGACAAGAAGAUGCCCUUUUUCAAGAGAUGGUGGAUAUUCAGACAGCUGUGAAGCCGGAUCUAACUAUCAUGGUCUUGGAUGCUAGUAUUGGACAACAAGCGGAGGCGCAGAGUAAAGCUUUUAAAGAGACUGCCGAUUUCGGUGCUAUUAUCAUCACCAAAACUGAUGGACAUGCAAGUGGAGGUGGUGCUAUUUCGGCCGUCGCUGCUACACAUACUCCAAUCGUCUUUAUUGGUACUGGAGAACACAUGCUCGACUUAGAGAAAUUCGCUCCCCAGCAAUUUGUAUCGAAGCUUCUUGGAAUGGGAGAUAUGCAAGGUUUAGUAGAACACGUUCAAUCGUUGAAAUUGGAUCAAAAAGAUACCAUGAAGCACAUCGCCGAAGGAGUCUUCACUGUCCGAGAUCUCCGCGAUCAAUUGUCCAAUAUCAUGAAAAUGGGACCUCUGUCGAAGAUGGCCGGUAUGAUCCCAGGUAUGAGUGGGAUGAUGCAGGGCAUGGACGACGAAGAAGGUUCCAUGAAACUGAAGCGCAUGAUUUACAUCUGUGAUUCCAUGACUGCCAAAGAACUCGACAGCGAUGGAAAGAUGUUCAUCGAUCAACCCACCCGUAUGACCCGAAUCGCAUGCGGAAGCGGUACCAGCGUGAGAGAAGUCGAGGAUCUCCUCACACAACACAAGAUGAUGGCAGGCAUGGCCAAGAAAAUGGGUGGCAACAUGAAGAACCUUCAGAAAGCCCAGGGUGCAAUGGGUGGUGGCAAUAAACAGCAGCAGAUGGCUGCGAUGCAGAAGCGACUCGCUAGUAUGGGUGGUGCUGGGGGUGGUGGCAUGCCUGAUAUGGGGAGCUUGAUGAAGAUGUUUGGUGGUGGUGGUGGUGGGGCGGGGGGUAUGCCUGGGGGUAUGGAUAUGCAGGCUAUGAUGAAGCAGAUGGGCGGUAUGAUGGGGGGCAUGCCUGGGAUGGGUGGUGCUGGGGCGGGAAGAGGGAGGAGGUAGGAUGGGAGAGCUGAGUAGAUAGAUAGGGGUGAGGUGGUACUUGGGCUUGUCUCUUGACUUGGGUUUGGAUGCGUAUAGCGAGGUGUUUUGGAGUUCGAUUUGUAGGUAGGUAGGUAGGUACGUGAAGACAUCAUGCUUUUGCACGAUGGUCUGUUGUUUUUGGUAUAAAAUCGGAGUAUGUUUAUCCUGUCUCCUUAGUUCUAUGUAUUAUCUGAUACUGGCGUACUGCACAGUCUCCCAAGCCCCAAGCUACGCCUCCCAUCCACUCUUCAUCUUCGCAGUCAUGGCAGUAAGAAACAUAUUUUAUUUCCUUCUCGUCAUACGAUGGGACUGGUGCUAAUUCACUCGUCGCAGUCAAAGAAUCCUAUGAAUCCAAAUCAAAUGUUCACCCUGUUUCCUGAAUUGGCUCUCGAACUUCGAUGGAAGAUUUGGGAAUGUACUUUCACGCCGCGUAAAUUUGGCUUCCAAGAAUAUGAGGAUUGGGAGCUCGUUCCAAAAUGUUCUCCGAAUACGCCGGAUUUUAUAGUCCGUGAUACUUUGGAUAAUCAUCGACACCUUGACCUUCCUGUGGCUCUGUGGGUUACCCAAGAGUCAAGGGAUUUCACACUCAGAAACUACCAGCCCAUACUUGGGAAGUUGCUCCAAACGAACUCAUUCUAUUUCAACUUCGCUAUAGAUACUCUCGAGUUUUAUUCUGAAUUCGGAACGAUCGCUUGUAUGUGCUAUCUUGACAAAGACCCACAAUGCUCUGCUGAAAUCCAGGAACUAUUGUCGAAGCUACAAUUUGUUUCAUUUGAAAACAGUGCGGAGGAUAAAGUGUGGCAUACAUAUGUGAUGAGGUUCCACAAUUUGAAGGAGAUCAGUGUAUACACUGCCUAUUCAUUCCUCGUUCUUGAUUCAUGGAAGCAUUUCAUCCAAUUCAGAACCGCAGAGAAUAUCACAACUCUUGAGCAAUUGCAGUCCAGGUCUGUCGCUCGCAACCAAAGACACUUCAAGGCUCCUGUAAUCAACGUAUUGAACUAUGAUCUGAGCCAACCUAAGACUACUGGACGCACAUACUAUUCUACUUGUGUGAACUUACCGAUCAUGGAGGUUACUGGACCAAUCAACAAUGAGCAACAUCAGGCUCAGUUUAGCAGCUUGAUUGGUAAUGGAUAUGAAGCGGUGGUGCCUGAGUGGGUUAGCUCAGAUGCUGAUCAUUCCCAUCUUGCAAUCUGGAGCCCUGAUGAGGAAUAGACGACAGAAAAAUACGACGGGGAGUUAUCAGUUAUCGCAAUUGAUGGUGAGUUCAAUGAAUCUAUUGCUAUCGGAGGAAUGAAAUCACGAGUACCUCUAGGAGAAAUGUCACUAUGGGUUCUUCUCCACCAGGCUGAGUGCGAGUGGCCGGUGGAAUCAUUCUAGUCUCUUUACCUAAGCACAAGAAUGUAAUAUACGAAUUGUAAUCUUC